AUGGCUACGGAAAACAUGGAACAGAUCGUCGAUAUGCUACGAAACAAUAUCGAAUUUGCUUCCGUCGCCCAGUUCUUCCACACGUUCCAAUCAGCAUUUCAUCCAUGGCCAGCAGCAUAUAACCCAGCAUCUUUCCUUGCCCACCAAUCCAACAUUAACGCACGUGUCAGCAAGCGAUCCGAUGAUGGUUAUGUUUUCGCGACAGAGGAUCUUGAAGCCAUGCUUCUCAAGAGCGAGGAGGGAUACAGACUUCAGGAACUGGUGAUUCGCAUGUUGCGAUUGCUGACGCGUAACCGGUUUAUAAAUAACGACACAUGGCAAACGUACUUUUCGAAAGAAAUCAACCGACGUGGAGGUAUUGAACCAAACCCAUUCCUUCCUGAGAAACAAGAAGAUGAUGAACAGCAAACCGCAGAUGAGCAAGCAAAAGAAGACGAAUCAUCCAACGAUGAAAAGCCUUUACCUACUCCUAAGAGAGCUUUAAAGAACUUUUUCGAGAUGCCGCUCUCGACAAAAGUUCACUUACUAUAUAUUUUGUGCGAGUGGCAACUAGACGAUGCGCACAGCUUUAGAGAACACUUAGAUAGCGAAGAAGAUGCUGUCCACUGGCGUGUAGAACCAAUUGGUUAUGAUGCUAAAGGAAGCUCGUUUUGGCUUUUUGAUGACAAUCGAUUAUAUAAAGAAACCCCCGAACCAAAACGUAAAAAGUCCCAAAAGAAGAACGCACGGAAACCGCGUCCUAGACCUAAAGGCACUCGACGCAGUUCACGACAUAGCUCCGCUAAAGCUGAUGAGGCAGAAGAGGAAGAAGAGGAAAUAGAAAACUGGGUACCAUGGAAGCUGGUUUGUCUGACCAAACAUGAUUGGAACAAAUUCCCCCAAAAAUACGAAAAUAGCAACAAUCUUGACGAACAACGCUUUUAUGACUUGCUCGUCAACGACGUACUACCUAAAGUGGUACCCGUCAUGCGGGAACACGAAGAUGAACUGAAGAAGAAGGAGGCUCUUGCCAAUAGAAAGCGCAGUUCUCGGAUCAUGUACAAGGAGUUGGCAGCUUUAGAGCAGGAACAGCAAGUAGCGAAAGUACUACAGGGAGAAGCCUCUCGAAAGUCGUCCAGACGUGAAGAGAUGGCACGUAAGCGGGAAGAAGAACUGAAAGUUAAAGAAGCAAAGGCUAGAGAAGACCGAGUCAAGGACCGAGAGCGGCGUCUGGAACAGCGUGAACAUGCUCAAGAGGAAGCUGAGCGACGCAAAGCACUGGCAGAAAGCAAGGCUGCGGCAAAGAAAGCUCCUGGUGGAAAGAAGCGUGGUCGCAAACCAAAGAAUAAGAAGGUCGAGGAAGAAGAUGCUUGGUCAUUUGACUGUGUAUGUGGUGUAUCUGGCCAUAAUAUCGAUGACGGAAGCCCAAUGAUUGCGUGUGAACGCUGUGGCACUUGGCAGCAUAUUGAAUGUCUGCAGAAGGCUAGACAGAUUCCGGAGGAUGAAGAGGCGCUCAACAAAGCUGUCUUCUUUUGCCGGCCUUGUCAAGAAAAGGAAUCGCAAGAAGUGAAUGUUGAUGGGUUUGAGGAUGACGGAGCACCACAGAACGUGGAGCUCAAAAGAACAAAGAUCGAGCACGUACCCACAUCAAGUGUUCCUGUAUCUUCACGGCCACCUGCUACAACAAACUUCAACGGCCACAUCCUGCCGCUCCAAGCAGCUCCAUCGCCAGCGAUGCAACCCUGGACGCAACGGCCACCACCCCCUCCAACAGCCACAGCAGCUUCAACUAAUUCCGAGCGGCGUCCAUCGCCCGUGUUUCCUAUAUUGAAACCCAUGUUGCCUUCAAAUUUUGCGAAUGGUAACGGACGUCCUCCAGUGCUCCCACCUCUACUGCCUCAAGUAUCCCAUAGUAUGUACCCGCAAAGCAUUCGUCCGGCACCGCCGCCUCAGGUGCAUCAGCCGCAGCCACCAUCUCAGCCACGACCCCUUCCGCAGAUACAGCCACACCCACAGAACCAGCAUCAAUAUCCACAGUCGCAGCAUUCACAUCAGCAGCACUCUCAGCCACAGCAGUCGCAGCACCCAUCAGCGCAACAGCAACAACGACAGUAUACACAUUUACCAUCACCACAGCAGCAGCAGCAGCAACCACAACCUCAACCACAACCUCAAACAGGUGCUAAUGGCUAUCAUGGUGCAAACCCUCAUCAUCAUCAAGUCGGCAACUAG